CUAGAAGAAAGCUUUUGAAAAUUAAAUUGAACAGGUCUUUGAACUUGAACGUUCAUCCCUCUUCAUCCUCAGUUCGUGCCACUUAUUUUGCAAGCAGCAGCCUAGGCUACGGUGAACGGUCUCGAGAGAGAAGCUUUGAGCGGUUUGUGCAGGCCACUCUGGUUGGCAUGUCCUAGAAGCUAGAGUUUUGUGUGUGUUCAGUGCGAUGGCGAAACCUGGUGGAUACAUGGAUCCACUGGCCGCUGUUUUCUCUGAAGACGAUUCUGACGAUGAGCCGUUGGAAACCACAACCACCGGCAGAGACGCAGCGUCUGCUGCAACAGCUGCUGUUGAUGCGGCUCCGGCAACUGGCUCCAAGGAGAGCAUUAAUUACGAAGACCUCGAGCGGAACGGUUUCAAAGGUGGCCCAAGCAUUCUAUUCGUACCCCACACGAAGUCUGGGGCUGGCCCUGCUGAUUACUCUUGGUCGAAAGGGGAGAAAAGGAAAGCAGAGAGCGACGCCGAGGACAGGGAAGCUCGCGCGCAAACUGGUGCGGCGGCCAAUCAAAGCACGAACGAGGCUGCCGCACAAGCUCUUGCUUUUAACGCCAUGGCCAAGAAGCAACGGCAAGACGCAGCGGCUGAGCGGCGAGAGCUUUCAGUUGCCCAAAAGGAGAAGCGGAAACGAGACCUUGGGCAGGCAAGUAGAGGUAAAAACUAUGUUGAGGAAGAGAAAAGGGCGCUACGCAACAGUGGGGUGUACUCAGGGUUUGACUGAGCUCAUCGGAGCUUGAUUGCGAAUCAGGGGCUAAAGAAUUACUCUGGUGGAUUUUUUUCAGUUGCCAUCCAUGAUAAAAUCCCCUCCAUUUGACUGAAAGUGUGACAGGAGUCUAAUCUGCACUAAUCCUUCAUAUCAGAAAAGUCUAUGUUGAGACCAACUUGUCAGGCCGAUCGCAAUGUCUGCUUUCGAUGUACGAACAUAUCAGGGGACUCUUUGAAUUGAUGUACUACGGCGCGGCCUUAGAUGUGAUAACUGCCCGCCUGAAGCGUGUAUCGGUCAUUAUUUGAAUCCCUUCAAAC